AUGAAAGGGCUGAAGAAGGCAGUGCUGUCUAGGACAAAGGCCAGCUCGGACGGUAAAUCCAAGCCAUCCGGCUCCAAGCAAGGCAACUCGCCAUCGCCGGGACCCUCGUCCCCUGCGUCUCCCGCAAACACCAACUCCGCUCCCCACCCUGACUCUGCGACAGCCGCCAACACGGCGUCGUCGUCUCUCGCCUCUGCCAUGGGCGCGCCGCUGACCCCGCGACGCUCACCCGUCUCGGACAAGACAUCGCCUGCACCCCCACUUGUUAUUAUCUCGGGCGCUCCACAGCAGUCCAACACCGAGAUGCCUGCCGACCCCAUCCCGCACUCGCCUCACACGCGCGGCUUUGGCUCCCCCGACCGCGCCCUUGGCCCAGACGGAUCCCCCACUCCCCCAAAGGCCAACAACCCCCUCAACCGCCUCCGUGGACCAAAGGACACAAUCCCCAUCGUCGGCAAGACGCCCCGCAAGCAACGCUCGUCGCGUUUCUAUGUCACCGAGCGCGUUGACAUUGAAAAGCUCCCCAACUUUAACGAGGUCCGCCCAGAGGAGCGCAACGACCUGUUCAUCCAAAAGCUCCAGCAGUGCCACGUCGUGUUUGACUUCAACGACGCCAGCUCAGAGCUCCAUGGCAAGCAGGUCAAGGCGCAGACCCUCCACGAGAUGCUCGAGUACAUUACACAGCAGCGCAACGUCAUCACCGAGUCCAUCUACCCCGAGGUGGUUGGCAUGUUUGCUGCCAACCUGUUCCGCAGCAUCCCCCCGCAGGUCAACCCCACUGGGGACGCGUUUGACCCCGAAGAGGACGAACCCGUGCUCGAGCUGGCGUGGCCCCACCUCCAGAUUGUGUACGAGUUCUUCCUGCGGUUUGUCGAGAGCCCCGACUUUAACAUCAACGUCGGCAAGAAGUUUAUCGACCAGACGUUUGUGUUGCAGCUGCUGGAGCUCUUUGACUCGGAGGACCCCCGUGAACGCGACUUUUUGAAGACGACCCUUCACCGCAUCUACGGCAAGUUCCUCAACCUGCGUGCGUUCAUUCGUCGGUCCAUCAACCACGUCUUCUUCCAGUUUGUCUACGAGACGGAGAGGCACAAUGGUAUUGCCGAGCUGCUGGAGAUUCUCGGCUCGAUCAUCAACGGUUUCGCCCUCCCGCUCAAGGAGGAGCACAAGAUCUUCCUCACCCGUGUUCUCCUGCCCCUCCAUAAGGCCAAGUCUCUGGCCCUUUACCACCCCCAGCUGGCGUACUGCGUUGUCCAGUUCCUCGAAAAGGACCCGGCCCUCACAGAGGAGGUCAUUCUCGGCCUGCUGCGCUACUGGCCAAAGGUCAACUCGCCCAAGGAGGUCAUGUACCUCAACGAGGUCGAGGAGAUACUCGACGUCAUCGAGGGCAGCGAGUUUGCCAAGAUUAUGGUGCCCCUGUUCUCGCAGCUUUCGCGCUGCAUCAACAGCCAGCACUUCCAGGUCGCCGAGCGUGCCCUCUACUACUGGAACAACGAGUACAUUGUCAACCUCAUGGGCGAGCACAUUGGCACCAUUUUGCCCAUUGUCUUCCCGGCCCUGUACCAAAACUCGAAGCAGCACUGGAACCGAACGAUCCACGGCAUGGUCUACAAUGCCCUCAAGCUCUUCAUGGAGAUCAACCCGGACCUGUUCGACGAGGUGCAGCACAGCUACAAGCGUCAGCGCAAGGAGGAGUACGAGCGCUCGUGCCAGCGCUACGAGGAAUGGCUGGCCCUGCGCGAGCAGGCGCUUACCAACUACAAGGCGAGCGGUUCGACCCAGCCCCUGCCUGCCUUGCUUCGCGAAUCGCCUCCCCCUAGGCCCGAGCCCUUUGAGGACGACGGCGAUGGCUCGGUGGACCUGACCCAGAACGGCUUCGACCCCAGCGAAAGCUUUACGCUGGACAGAUCGAUUGCCGAAGAGGUCGUCCCCGUCGCCGACCCCGGCAUCGAGGUGCGGACCCCUGGGAGCCCCGUGAUGACAGCGACGGCUCAGCCUGGGAGCCCGGGCCCAACACCGCCACACAUGAGGCGGAAAUCGGUCCUCCCUAUCGAUCCCCAAGUGAUGCGUGAUCUGGAGGCGCAUCGGAGUCUUGAAAACCAGGCUGCUGCCCCCGCAGAGCAGGCCUAA